GCCUCCGCAGGAGUUUUUAGACUUGUAUAUACAACCGUAGUCUCGAUUCUCAUUAUUCCUAUGUUAUCAACCUUAUUUUGUGAUAAACAUAAUUAAAUUACCAGUGGAGAGAAUCGGCGGAAAUUAUCAUAUGAUGUUUGUUGCACCAUCACUGUAGUAACAUCCGUCAUUUGUAGCGUGUGAUAUUUCUUGUUAAGUGUUGUUUUUACUAAAUAUUUAGUUAUAAUAUUAUUAUAAGUAAUAUACCGAUUUGUGCAUUCAUGUGUGGUUGUACGUGCAUGUUUCUUGUUUAAUCAAACAUUCAUUGGUCUAUUAUAAUUAUUAAUAAAUCCUCUAAACAUCUACGUCUUAAAUGAGGUUAUGUCACAAGAAUUUCAUAAUCUUAAAAAAAGAGAACUAUUUAAAAACUACUAUAAUUAUAAUAGUAACUAUAAUUUAUGUCAUCCAAAUAAGCUGUCUUCAGAAUGGAUAUCCUAGCAACGCAAGUUUACGAAGAUCAUGAUUCCACAUCAACACAAGAAAUUUCUUAUUCUCGUCAACAAAGUAAAAUAGUGAUUGGAGUGUUAUGUAUUAAUUCUAAAACAUUUCAAAUCAAAGAAGGAAUUACACAAAUUGGACGACAUCCAGAUUGCAAUAUAGUGUUAAAUAAUCCGACAGUAUCAAAGAAACAUGCGGAAAUCGAAGCUAAUUGUCAAGGAACUGAAUCGUGGAUUUGUGACCUGAAUUCAUCUAAUAAAACAAAAUUAAAUAACACAAUUCUCAGACCAAAUCGAUGCUACGAGUUGAAAAAUGAAGACACGCUGGAGUUUGGCAUGGUCAGGGCAAUUUUCAAAAUUUGUCGUUCGAUGGAAGAUUCUUUAGUACCAGAAACCCCAGCGGCACAUCAUCAGAAGACACAGAAAACGAUCAUUCCAGGAACACCUGACUCGUCAUUUGAUAAUUCAUCCAUGGUGGGAAAUGUCUCCGUAAUUCCUGCCACUCAAGGUAAAGAGGAAAAGUCUGUAUUUCGAUACCCGACGUUGCCUCCGAAGACCGCCACUAGCAGCACUCAGAAAAAUGGCAUUCAGAAUACCUCUACUGACGAACAAGAUAACUCGCAAAACUUCGAUGUAGAAGAAAAACAAAACGUAGGUGGAUCAAGAAUUAGUAUAUACGACAUGGAAACGCAAAAUUCCUCGUUUAAUUGCCAUGAUAAAACGGACGUUGACAUUGACGAUAUUGACACUCAAAAAAUUUGCAUUUCGCGCAGCAUCAAAAACCUUACAAAAUCUGUACAGGAACAAAAAGUUGACAUACACGAUAUAGAAACGCAAGCAGAAGCACCAGAAGAAGUUACUGAUAUUCAUGAUAUAGAAACGCAGCACGAUAUAAAUAUUCAGGAUAUGAAAACGUCCAAGAAGAUUAAUACUCAUAAUUUAAAAACUCGAGAUAGUGAGAAACUUGAAGCAACAAAAGGAAAUUUAGAACAGAAAGAGAAAGAAGGAAAUUUAAAGAAUGAGGUAAAAAGUAAUGUUAAUGAUACAGUGGUACAAAAAGAUAAGGGUAAUGAAAGCACAUGCAAUCCUAAUAACAUUGAUAAAGAUGAGAAUCAAAAUAAAAAAUUGCCAGGUAUUGAGAAAAGUUUGCAAAACCAUUUAGAGGAAAUUGAAACAAGCGAAGAUGAAACUUCGGAACUUGAGAUGAGUCGAAAUUUGCUUGGUCCAAAAGAAUUAGAAGAUUUCAUUGAGGAUGACGAUCAGUCUGAUGAAGUAAAAUCAAAAUCACCAACUUUUAUAAAAACUUCAGGUGUAAACAACAAUAGCGAUGUAAACAAUAAAAGCACUGAUGAUGAAAACAUAUUUGAAGCUGCAACACAGGUCAAUAAAAGUGAUGAAGAUGCCUUUAAAAGCCUAAGUAAACGUAAAUACACGUUUCAGGCAUCCUUAGUAGCUAAUGACUAUGAUCAUACCGACAAUGAGGUUGUGUUUCAAAGGUAUUCGCGCAAAGAUAGCCAAAAAAAUAAAAAGUCUUCAAACAAUCGAGUUUCUGAUAGCGAAGAUUCAAUUACGGAUGAAGAAGGUCGUUUCACAGAAAUAGCUGUGAAAAUGAAACAGGCUGUAGAAUUUUCGCAGUUUAAUAGGAGUAAAGAAAUAAAGAACAGUACUAAUUCAAGUAAAGACUCUGAUGAUCUAUUUGAUAUGCUUACUCAACCAGUAAAUCAGAAGGAUCAAGAUUCAUCGCCCAAAUCUAAUGAAAAACCAAAAGAUAAUAAAUAUGAAAGUGAAGUAGAUUCUAAUACCCCAACGCAAGUAAUUAACAAGAAAGAAAUGAAAAAUAAUAUGGAAAUAAAUAAUGAAAUAGGAACAAAGGAAUUCGAUGAUAUAACAUCAACUCAAGUUCUUUCAACAAAUGAAUCUUCCUUAACAGAGGCUAGUUGUGCUAUUUCAACAGGAAACAAUAAAAAAUCGGAUAAAGAAGAUAUUACUGAAAUAGAAGACAAUACACCUAACCAGAUAAUUAACACUAAAAAGAAACCGUUAGAUGUGAGCAAUAACGAACCUCUUUGUACUGUAAAUCCUUCGAUAUCGAAUGUUACAGAUAAAUGUAGUAUUGAAGACAUCGAUUAUGAAAUGGCAUGUACUCAACCAAUUAAUAAUAUCGAAAAGCAAAAGUCUGUAUCAUCAAUUUCUGAUAAGAGAAAAAACGAGUCAAACUUUGAAGCAUUGGCUAAAGCGAACUUAGAUGACAGCGUAGAAAGAAAUUUGAAAGCAAUGUUUGCAGAUAUAAAGGAAGAGCAUACAGAAGAACAAUUAGAAAUAUCAACACAAGUUCUUGAACUUGUGCUAGAAUCGUCAGAUUGUGAGAAUAUAUGUCCCAUGCAAAAUCAUACGUCUAACAUGGACAGUAACUCAUCAACAGAUAAGAAAGCAAUGAAAUUAUCAAUAUCGAACUCUAUACCUACAGAUUCAUCAACACCUAAAUCCAUACCUAAAAACCCACUAACUUCAAAAUCUGUAUCUACAGAUUCAUCAACACUUAAGUCUACAAUUAAAGAUCCAUCAACAUCAAUAUCAUUAAGAGAAAAGAAAUCAAAAAAAUCAAACAUAGCUAAAAUGAUUCAAGAAGAAACUGAUAUAUCUAAAAACGAUGAAAGUAAAUUGAAUAAAUAUUCAAAGAAUAUAGAUGAUCAAGCAUCGAGUACAUCAAUUGAUUGUGAGCAAUUUCAACAAACCUCUAAAGUACUACAAAGCGACAAUGAAGAUAUAUUAGCUGGUUUACCUGAAGUUAACAUUUCGGGUACUUCAUCGAAUCCAGGAAGUCCAACAUCAUCAACAUCUUCUGAAUAUAGAAUAAAUAUUAAUCAUAACUGGAAAAGACAAAUAUCUGUAAAAAUUGCGCCAAAAAAGAAAAAACCGUUACGAAAAUCGUCGCGAAGAACGUCUAGUUGUAGAAACGUGGAAAACGCUGUGUCUUAUCAUAAUAUUAACGAGCCAAAUUCUAGUACUAUUUCAGAAACUUCUUCAAAUUUAUAUACAGACAAUUUCAAUAUUAAUAAGAUACCUGUUUGCGAACAUUAUGAAGAAAAGACAAGCAGAAAAUCCAAAAGACUAAUAGAAAAGACAAAGAAUUUAUGUAAAUCUAAAGAAAGCGAUUCCUUCGCAGAAUUAAAAUCGGUAACUUCUAUUCAUUCGCAAGAAAAAGCAAAACAAAGUCCUCCUAUUUCGAAUAACAGAAGAACUCGUAAUUCUAGCAAAGAGAAUACUGAUCGUUCGUCUGUUUUUCAGGUGGAAAAGGAAGUACCGGUUCAAAGAGCACCCGCUGAACUUAUGAAAAAAAAUGUAUCAAAUGCAUCAGGCUUUAGAAAAAGAUCACUCAGCAUAACGGAUGCGAUUGAUAGUGACACUUCGAAAAAGCGCAAGAAUGAUGUUAAUGAAGAUAAGUCUGUUAAUAAUAGAAGUAAAAAGAAGAAUACAAUAGAUGAUGAAGGCAAUUCCGCAGAUGUUGAUAAAAAAAAUUCAUCAAGCAGUAUAAAUGGUUCGAACAAUAGAAGUAUGUCAAAUGAAGCAAGUUUAGAUAAACAAGCAAUAGUAAAAAUUCAAAGAAUUUCUCUGUCUACUCCAACAGGUUCGAUAUCAAGUACUCCAACUGAACUGGUGGAUGAAAGCGAUAAGAAUUGUAAAAUCAGACAAAAUCGGCGUACAAAUGUUAUUUGUGACAUUCAGACAUCUGACAGUCGAAUUGUUCCAAGUAUUUCGAGUAACGAAAAUUACAGAACUACCAAAAAUGUAGAAACACGAAAAAAUCCGAAUCGAAAAACAAGAAAAACUGAGCUUGUAGCGGACGACAUUAGUUCUCAAAUUGGUGAAGAAUCCCAAGAGAUAGAAAUGAUCAUGAACAAUGCGCUCAAAAGACAAAAUACCGGUUCAAAUACAGAAAGAAAUAAAGAUACGGAUAGAAAUACAAGUACCAAAACAAAAAAUACUAGGAAACGUGGAAAUACAGAUAUUAAUACGGAUGUAGAUAACACAGAAACCAGCAGUACCUCUUCCAUUUUAUCCGAAUCUGAUAACGCAUAUUUUGAAGUGCCUACAUUAAGGAGCAAACGAGCGAAGGUUUCCAAAAAUAUUUCAAGUAUAAUUAGUACUACGGUAAAUGAAUCUACUAAAGAAACAGAAAGAAAUGGCAAACUAUCGAUUAGGUCAACUCGAAAUCAGCAAUCAACUGUGGAUUCUUCCCUAGAAGAAAACGCAGAAAUGAUCGCAAAUCAAACUACUUCGAAUAACAGUGCGAAUAAAAGGAAUAAUUUCAGAAAUAAACAGCAAAAACAGACGACAAGAAAGACUAAAAACAAGCGACAGAAAGAAGAUUUCAUAGAAGAGACGUCUACUUCAGAAACUAAUUCCAGUAUCGAAACUACAUCGGUACUUUCAACUCCCAAUAGAACACGUAGAAGCAUGUCUUCUUCAUUUACUACACACUCACCAUUCAAAAUAAAGCAUAAAAUCUUAUUUACGGGUAUUUCAAGUAACGACUAUAAUAAACUGUUAACAAAGUUGGGUGCAUCUCAAGUUGAAGAUCCAACGAAGUGCACUGUACUAGUUACAGACAAAGUUCGAAGAACUGUUAAAUUUUUAUGUGCUUUAGCACUACCUGUACCAAUAGUUUCAGUCGAUUGGUUGAUUAACAGUGAAAAAGCUGGUCGUUUCAUAGAAUUAGAAAAUUACAUAUUGAAGGAUCUUGCUGCUGAAGCUAAAUUCCGCUUUAAAUUAGGAAAGAGCUUAGAAAAAUCAAAAGAACAUAAACUUUUAAAUGGAUACACACUUGUCUUAACACCGAACACCGCGCCGCCUCCACUAGAAUUAAAAAAUAUAAUCAUUUCAUGCGGCGGUAAAGCCUUGCUUCGACCACCAUCGAAGUUGUGGCCUCAACAAUCAGUGAUUAUCUCUUCCAAAGAGGACUUAACAGAUGCAAAGAAAUUUCUUGCAAAAGCACCUAAAACUGUUACCGUUCAGUCGACAGAAUUUAUAUUAACUGGUAUUUUAAGACAAGAAUUAGAAUUUAAUGAGUUUAAGUUAAUAUAAUUCAUUUCUCAAUGAAACAAGAAUAUUUAUGUUGAAAAAGUGUGCAAAAGUUACUGAUAUAUUUCUCAAAUAUUUUUACAAAAAUACAUUUGUACAAAAUAAAAAAUAUAUUGUGUGAUUCGCACAUACUUAAUUGUAUAAUACAUAUAUAGAUACAUACGUACAUAUUAAUAAUUGAUAUACAUAUAAAAAAGGAAUUUCCUUUACAUCCCUCUUUCAAAUUGUUAAUAUAAAACAUAAUGUAUAUUUGACACCUAUUUGCAAUGUUUAUGUUAAUGUUUAGUGUGGGUAUAGGUCAGAUUUGAAUUAAUACUACUUAAAUGUUUUUUUUUUUUUUAAUAAAUAUAAAUUUUAUUGUUCACCAAAAUUGUACAGUCAUCUUUUUUACUAAUACGUCAACUUCCUAGUGAACUCAAAAUUGCUCUUUCGAAUAUAACAAAAAUUUAACUUAUAAUAUCUUGGAAAACAAAUGCAAAUACAAAUUUCUUCAAUAUUCACAUUGAAUAAAAUAUUUUCACAUAUUAAAACAAAUUCCUAAUUUCUAAAUUGAGCAAUUGUGUUUCAAUACCAAUGAAAUAAAAUAUUUAUAAGUAGAUGCA